UUGAGCAAAUCAACUCAUUACUCAAAAUGGGAAAGAUCAUCUUCUACGAGGAUCGUAACUUUCAGGGCCGUCAUUAUGAGUGCAGCUCUGAAUGUCCAGAUUUGUCCUCAUAUUUUCACCGUUGCAAUUCCAUCCGAGUGGAAAGUGGAAAUUGGAUCCUAUAUGAGCAUCCUAGCUAUAGAGGACACCAGUAUUACCUUAGCAGGGGAGAAUAUCCUGAUUUUAGUCAAUGGAUGGGUUUCAAUGACUCCAUUAGAUCCUGUCGUAUUAGCCCACAGCAUCACGGUUCAUUCAGAGUGAAGGUCUACGAGAAGGAGGAUUUCAGAGGACACAUGAUGGAGUUCACUGAUGAUUGUUCAAAUGUCUAUGACAGAUUCCGUUACAAUGAUAUUCACUCCUGCCAGGUGCUUGAUGGUUACUGGAUGUUCUAUGAGGAGCCCAACUAUAAGGGACGUCAGUAUUACCUGAGACCUGGAGAAUAUAGACAAUUUAGUGACUGGGGUGCCAUGAACCCCAAAAUUGGCUCAUUUAGAAGACUUCACCAUUUCUAAUAAGUUAAUGAGUAAAAUAAAAUAUUGUAAUUCAGAAAAAAAUUAAAAUUAUCAAAAUGUAAAAUGUG